AAAUUAUAUUUUUCCAUAAUGUGUUGGCUAGGAAAGACUGGUACCCAGGCUCCAGUGACUGGUCUUGGGAAAGACAAAAUGGAGUAAGCAACUGCUUUAUUUUUGUUGUUGAUAUGUCUCCUUUUGGGUUGGUGGGACAAAUGAUAUGAAAAAGUGUAAGACAGCCUGCAAUGCCUGUAAUUUUAUGCGUUACCAGAACUUUUCAGACAUGAGUUGUAUGCAUUUCCUGAGUGGCGCAGUGGUCUAAUGAACUGCAUCUCAGUACAACGAGGCUUAACUACAGACACUCUGGUUCGAUUCCAGGCUGUAUCACAACCGGCAGUGAGUUCCAUAUGGAAUUGUCUGGGUUUGGCUGGUGUAGGCCUUCAUUGUAAAUAAGAAUUUGUUCUUAACUGACUUGCCUAGUUAAAUAAAGGUUCAGUAAAUGUAAUUGCAGAAGAGCCAUGCAUAACAAUGUGGGGAUUUAACACGCAAGUCUGCUAUUAAAUGCACUUAACGUUUUUUUUAAAUACUGUAUGAUAUGAUUAAAUCAAACAUAUCAAUGAAACCAUUUAAAAAAAUGUUCACAGCUGAUACAUUCGACGCCAAGUGCUAUCAACACAGGGCAGGGGAGUGAUACAAAGCUUGUUUGAUAGCCAUAUACAUGUUUAAUGCUUUCAAACUUGUUUUUUGCUGAUUUUUAUCGUCAUUAUGACAAGAAGUCAGAAGGACCGGUUUGUCUAAAAUAAUUGUACUGGUUCAAGCUACGGGACAAAUCAUGUAAUGACGUAAUCUGGUGUAAGUGGAGCUACAUUUUGAGUUCGUCACCUACCUGCAAAUUCAUUGCGAUACCAGCUAAUAGCUAGCUAACCGUAGCUAGUUAUCCAGCCAAUUAAAGCAAUGCCUUGAUGACAGCAGUUAGCUAACAACAGAGACCUAGCUGCUAGUUUAGCUAGGAAUAGUUGCUCAUUGCAAACGUGAAUUUCCGACAUGUGGUGCACGUAGCACGUAUUUGUACAUUUAUACGACUUGCAUAAAUGGAUGCUUCACCUCUGGGCGAGCAAACCCCCGAAACACAGUCGGCCACGAAUGGAACCAGGGAGCUCGCGUGAAAGUCCAUUCGGUUCCGGGGGUCCCGAUCGGUCGGACAUACGCGAGGAGACCCCCGGCGAAGAGGCUGAGGAUGGGGACAACAGCAUACUGAGAGAAGGGGGAGGGAACGAAAACACUCUGGACAACAUGAAAACAGAAUGUGAGGAUGAUGACACUGGGGAAAAUGUUGAUGCUGCUAAUGAAGAAGGCAAAUAUGAAGAGGAAUUGGACCCUAGAAUUCAGGAGGAGCUAGAGCACCUCAAUCAGGCCAGUGAUGAAAUUAACAAGCUGGAACUGAAACUGGAUGAUGCAAGGUCCAGCUACAGGAGGAUCCUCACUGACUCAGCCAGGAAGCUCAAUGCUCAGGGCUCCCAGUUAGGGACCUGCAUUGAGAAGGCCAGGCCCUACUACGAAGCCCGCAGACUAGCCAAAGAGGCCCAGCAGGAGACGCAGAAGGCAGCGUUGCGGUAUGAGAGGGCCGUCUCCAUGCAUACGGCCGCCAGAGAGAUGGUGUACGUGGCAGAGCAGGGGCUCCUGGCAGACAGGAACACUCUGGACCCCACCUGGCAGGAGAUGCUCAACCACGCCACCUCCAAGGUGAACGAGGCAGAGGAGGAGCGGCAGCGGAGUGAGAGGGAGCACCAACGGGUCACUCAGCUGUGCCAGGAGGCAGAGCAACGUGUCCAGACCCUCCAGAAAUCCCUCAAGAGGUUCAUCAUCAAGUCCAAACCUUAUUUCGAGCUCAAGGCUCAGUUCAACCACCUACUAGAGGAGCACAAGGCAAAGGUGGUGCAGCUGGAAGAACGCGUUGCAAGGGUAAAAAUGCGCUACUCCGUCGCCCUGCGCAACCUGGAGCAAAUCAGCGAACAGAUCCAUGCCCAGAGGGGGCGUGUCCGAGCCACCAGGGCCCGCCCCGUAGCCUGCAGUGGGCGGAGCUCCCCAGUGGGGGCGGAGGCUGAGGUCAAAGCUGCUGUCGGGGUUCAGGUUGGAGGAGCAUGUGGCGGAGGAGGAGGGUUGGAGGAGAAGGACUGGGCUGAUGGAGAGAAGACCAGGCAGUGGGUGGAGAGACACAGAGAGCAGGGCUGGGGUCACAGGGAGAGGGGGGAGGCAGGGUCAGACUCCAUGUCUGUCAUCAGCCUCCAGACCAUCGCCUCGGACCUGGAGAAGUGCGACUCGGUGGGGCACCUGGGGGACCUGAGUGACGUUAGCAGCCUGAUGGGAGAGGACUGGGAGAGGCACCGUUCCCUGAUGGCUGAGGACAGAGAUAGGAACCCAAGGGCAGAGGAGAGAGUUGUGAGGGAGGUGAACAUCACUGCUCCAAGGCAGGAUAGAUUGGAGGUGGUGAGGGGGGUGAGAGGGAGACAGGAGAGCUUUGUCAAGCAGCACCACAGAAGUGUGAGUUUGUGAGACCAGAAUAGAAGGCACUGUGUGAUGAAUGAUCAGAUAAAGGAAUGAAAUCGAGAGAGAGAGCAAAGAAUACAGACGGCAAUUGUGGAAGUUCUGUUUGAGGGAUUGAAAUGUAGAACACUGACAAUGAGUCCCAAAUAGAACCCUAUUCCCUACAUAGUGCACUACUUUUGACCAGGGCCUAUAGGGAAUAGGUUGCAAUUUGGCACACAACCCUGCAUCAUUGUGACACUGCAGAGGGGAGUACCAGGGAAGUGGAGGGUGGCUGGUACAUCAUGCACACACAGAGAGAAGAAGAAGAAGAAGAAGAAGAAGAAGAAGUAGUGUCAGGCGAUUCACUAGGUUCCUUGUGGGACUUGUAGUUCCUACACUCUAAUCUGUCUAUUGUUCAACACCAGUAAGAUAUCAGUGACCUGAGGUAAAGCUAGUUUUAACACAGUUCUGUGUGUAAAUACAGAGACAUAAUAGAUAACUUUACUUACAGUUUCACAUGCAGCUGAACAUUUUAAUCAGCAGUUUAUUUUAUCAAUGCUAUUUCGAUUUUGACAUUAGUCCCUUUAAAAAGGCCUUUGUGCUUUUUUCCCAAAUUGAUUGAAUUGCCACAGAAUUCGUUUUCCGCUCGUCCUUGGAAUGAACCAAAGGUGUUGAUACAAGCAAUACUGCUCUCUCUCUCUCUCUCUCUCUCUC